GAUAAUUAUUAUAUUUUCAAAGAUAAUAAAACAAACUUAAAUAAAAAGGAAAAGAAUACAAAUAUUUCAUAUAUAUAAAUUAUAAAAAAAUGAUGAGAUAAUCCAACUAAUCUUUUAAUUCAUCUUAUGGUUCUAGAUCAGCUUUAGCUACCUCUGGAAGCGGUAAAGUCGGAUUAUUAGGUAGAUUAUAAAGAGUCUACGCAGUUGUAGCUAGCAAGUUAAUGUUCCUUUACAGAAAGAUGGGCAAAUGCUUAUGGGUUGGAACUACUUCCUUCAUCUUUUUAGUCAUUCCUACAUACUUCUCAAUCUUAAUGGACUAAUAAAAUGCUUUGAUGAAAAUGCACGAAAUGACUAAAGCUGGCAGCAAUAUUUGAGAAAAAGAGUUGAUUUAAAAAAUGUAAAUCUAAGCAGCCCUAAGCAAUCAAUCAUAGUGAUUUAUAAAUAAAGUAAAUGUAAAAUGAACAAAAUAAAUUAUAAUAAUUAAUUACCUUAUUGAGAAUAAUACUAAAUAAACUUAAAUAAUUGGCAAAAUAAAUGUUUCUAUCUAUGUAUAUUUUUGCAUACUAUUAUUAUCAUAUUUGAGGAGAUAAUCAA